AUGAAUUUCCCCCUGGCGCUGGUGCUCCUGUCCUCGCUCUACCUGCAGACGGCUGCCGAGUUCGACGGGAGGUGGCCCAGGCAAAUAGUGUCAUCUAUUGGCCUAUGUCGUUAUGGUGGGAGGAUUGACUGCUGCUGGGGCUGGGCUCGCCAGUCCUGGGGACAGUGCCAACCUUUCUACGUCUUAAGGCAGAGAAUAGCCAGGAUAAGGUGCCAGCUCAAAGCUGUGUGCCAGCCACAGUGCAAACAUGGUGAGUGUAUUGGGCCUAACAAGUGCAAGUGCCACCCUGGAUAUGCUGGAAAAACCUGCAAUCAAGAUGAGCACUUCUACCCAACUCCUCUUGACCAAGGCAGUGAACAACCUCUUUUUCAACCCCUGGAUCAUCAAGCCACAAGUUUACCUGCAAGGGAUCUAAACGAGUGUGGCCUGAAGCCUCGGCCCUGUAAGCACAGGUGCAUGAACACUUUCGGCAGCUACAAGUGCUACUGUCUCAAUGGAUAUAUGCUUAUGCCGGAUGGGUCCUGCUCAAGUGCCCUAACAUGCUCCAUGGCAAACUGUCAGUAUGGCUGCGAUGUUGUUAAAGGGCAAGUCCGGUGCCAGUGCCCCUCCCCAGGUCUGCAGCUGGCUCCUGACGGGAGAACCUGUGUGGAUGUCGAUGAAUGUGCUACUGGAAGAGUCUCCUGCCCUAGAUUUAGACAGUGUGUCAAUACUUUUGGGAGUUACAUCUGCAAGUGUCAUAAAGGCUUCGACCUCAUGUACAUUGGAGGCAAAUACCAAUGUCACGAUAUAGAUGAGUGCUCCCUUGGUCAGCAUCAGUGCAGUGGCUUUGCUCGAUGUUACAACAUACAUGGGUCCUACAAGUGUAAAUGUAAAGAUGGAUACCAUGGUGAUGGAUUCACUUGUGUCUAUAUCCCCAAAGUCAUGAUUGAGCCUUCAGGUCCAAUUCAUGUACCAAAGGGAAAUGGUACAAUUUUAAAGGGUGAUGGAGGAGAUAAUAAUUGGAUUCCUGAUGUCAGAAGUACUAGGUGGCCUCUGAAGACACCAUAUAUUCCUCCUGUCAUUACCAACAGGCCCACUUCUAAGCCAACAACAAGACCUACACCAAAGCCAUUACCACAGCCCACUCCUCCACCACCACCCCUGCCAACAGAGUUCAGAACACCUCCACCUCCACCAACCCCAGAAAGGCCACCUACCAGACUGACAACUGCAGAACCAGCUACGAGUACAUCUGCAAGAGGAGUUACAGUUGACAACAGGAUACAGACAGAUCCUCAGAAACCCAGAGGAGAUGUAUUCAUUCCACGGCAGCCUUCAAAUGACUUGUUUGAAAUAUUUGAAAUAGAAAGAGGAAUCAGUGCAGAUGAUGAAGCAAAGGAUGAUCCAGGUGUUCUAAUACACAGUUGUAGUUUUGACCAUGGACUUUGUGGAUGGAUCAGGGAAAAAGACAAUGACUUACACUGGGAACCAAUCAGGGACCCAGCAGGUGGACAAUAUCUGACAGUAUCGGCAGCCAAAGCCUCAGGGGGAAAAGCCGCUCGCUUGGUGCUACCUCUCGGCCACCUCAUGCAUUCAGGGGACCUGUGUCUGUCAUUCAGGCACAAGGUGACUGGGCUGCACUCAGGCACACUCCAGGUGUUUGUGAGAAAACACGGUGCCCACGGAGCAGCCCUGUGGGGAAGAAAUGGUGGCCAUGGCUGGAGGCAAACACAGAUCACCUUGCGAGGGGCUGACGUCAAGAGCGUCAUCUUCAAAGGUGAAAAAAGGCAUGGUCACACUGGGGAGAUUGGAUUGGAUGAUGUGAGCUUGAGAAAAGGCCACUGCUCUGAACAACGCUAACAGCUCCAGAACUAGCAAUGAACUCCUAUGUUGGUUGCUCCCUCGUCUUUUUCCAAUCCUCACCUUCUCUCCUCUUCUCCUUCUUAUCAGGCCUAGGAGAAGAGUGGGUCAGUGGGUCAGGAGGAAGUCUGGUUUGUGACCCACAUCUUGCUGGCCUGCUUUGUGCAAUCCCAAUGAACAGUGACACCCUCCUUGAAGUACAGGGGCCUCUGUAGACACAUCCAAGCCAUUCUGGGGUGUUGCCUUCCAUCCUAAGUUUUGUUUGGGAAGGCCUUCAGUGUGUGUGACCUAUACCAUCCUUCAUCCUGAUUACAGAGUGCUCCUUGUAGCAAAUUAUGGGGAAGUUUUCAAAAGAAAUCUGUGCAAAUGGCCAUUCUGUUAUCUGUUCAGUGUUGUACCAUGAGUAGUAUUGACUUUCCUUAAGGUAUGAUGUACAGUGUGCUUGUGAAAUUGAUUUAUCCUCUUCACUUACGUUAGUUCUGGCCUCACCUGAACUCUGACUUUCACUGCCAUUCACUUUAUAAAAGA